GGCUCUCGGGUCCAGCCUGGGUUCCAGCCUCGCUGAGCAGACGGCCCCACAAGCUUCCUCCCGCGGAAGCUCCCCAGGCGCUGACCAUGUCUAUUAUGGACCACAGCCCCACCACGGGCGUGGUCACGGUUAUCGUCAUCCUCAUCGCCAUCGCUGCCCUGGGGGCCUUGAUCCUGGGUUGCUGGUGCUACCUGCGCCUGCAGCACAUCAGCCAGUCGGAAGACGAGGAGAGCAUCGUGGGCGAUGGCGAGACCAAGGAGCCCUUCCUGCUGGUGCAGUACUCCGCCAAGGGACCGUGCGGGGAGAGAAAGGCCAAGCUGACCCCACACGGCCCAGACGUCCACGGCUGAGCUGGGAUGCGGAGGCCCCGUGGCCUGUUUGCAGCCGGCUGAGAGGCAUGGGGAGGGGCGGAACCACAGACGUGCUGCUGGGGACGGCUUGACACCUGCAGGCAUGGCCUGGCUGGGCUUCAUCACCGCAUGCACUGGCUCCUGAGGCCUUGGCCGUCCUUAGCCGGGACGCCUCCUGGUGGGACUGCCCAUUGCAGGCAGUGGGCAGGCCUGACCUUGCUGGGGCUCACGACCCCGUAGCGCUUUUGUUACUUGAAUGUUGAGCUGAGCCUGUUUUUGAUGGAGCUACUACUGUAACGCGUGAACUCACAAACCUGUGAACUGUAAAUAGGCCCCAGAAGCAUGUGCUGAAGCCUUUUUUUGCUGAUUUUUAAAAAUACCGUGUAGAGCACAUGGGACAGACUGUAGUCAUGAUAAGCUGACUCAAGGCUGUGGGGGGGGGGUAUCUUAGACAUGGAAGGCCCACACUGCACUUGGUAGGGGCCUCUACUAUAUAUGUGUGUAUGUGUGUGGGCAGAGGACGGGACAUGUCUGUUUUAAGUCUCAUGGCUGACCAGCUGGGGUACUUUGGUGAUUUCUGCUUGGUUAGCAAUGGAUGGAAGAACCACGCGCCCCCCUUCGGUCACGAAAUAACCAGUUCCUGUUGAGAGUGGAGUUACUGCAAGGAAGCCGCCGCCGCUGCUUGAGAGCCGGUGAAGGACGAGCCGGGGCCCGCAUCCUGAGGGCUGCCAGGCGGCCUGGUGGCAGAGCAGUUUCUUAAGCAUGCUGAGCACUCUCCCCCGCCACUGCUGUCCCCCCCGGCCCGCCCCCCGCAGCAUUACUCAUCAUUAAGCUUCGCUAGGAACACCAGCGCCUGUGGCGGCUACCUUUAUCUGAAACCCAGCUGGCCCAGCAAAGAGGAAAUAGUGUUUUUUGUUUGUUGUUCUAUUUAAUACUUUCUGCACUGGAGGGGUGGGGGAGGAGACCUUGAGGGUCCCCCCUCCUCCUUUUCAUGCAUUAGUCUCCUUUCUUCUCUGAGCACCACCCACCUGCUGGGUACUGGACUUCACUUUCCCCAGCGGGCCACCUAGGAGAGUCUCCUGACCCUGCUCCAAGAGCCCCAAGUGCAUGAGCACCCAGGAAAGCCCCCUGGGACGGCGGCCUGACAGCCCACCCCUAGUGGGCCCCAGGGGAGGGCGCGGCGGGGAGAGUGAGUUUCAGGUUCAGGACGGGGUUUCCAUGAAGAUGAGUUGGUGGCUGUCACUCGGGCCAGCGCCCCCACAACCUGCAUCUCCAAGGUUUCCCUUGUGUAUACUUCAGUGAACUCGCUGAGAUUGUUAAUCCCACCACCGUAAAGCACAUUCUCCACUAUCAUGAUUAAAACGUGGCUUGUGUCAGCAUCCUUGGUAAUAAACUGGAGGCCAGCGUGGGCUUAGCCGCGGAGCACUGGUCGGGCUGACGGCAGGUCCUCUGGCCUCACUCAAGUCUCUAACAAGCAUGUGGAACUCAUAAUCUACUUUCUGGAACCCCAAGGAGGGGGCUUAGGGAACACUUCGUUUUAGCAGCAUACCCUUCAGUUGGGGGUCAAACAUGAAGUGUUAGCUUGUGGGAUGGGAGAAGGGUAGCUCGGUAGUGUCUGAGCUGUAGGCGGGAAGGAGACGCCCCAGGGGGCUACUAAGGAGCCCCUGCAAGGCAGCUGGGCCUUAGCACAGGAGACACGUCCCUGGCCCCUAAAACGGGGAUGGCCGAGCCUGAGAGGCCGGAGACCGUCAGAGGCCCCCUGGACCGGAGGGGGCCAGCACUCUCAAAGGCGCCCCCUGGAAGAUCUGGGAGAAGGCUGGCUUUCCGGUGAAGGACCCUGGAGACCCAACGUGGAAGGUGUAGGGGUGUCUGAUCCGUUCCGCUCACAUCUCAGAACUUCCAGGCUUUCUACCUCUACUUUCCGCAGCCAGCAGCACACAGCCAGGCUGUCUUCAUCUGGGGAACCGAGGAACCCCGGCCCCAGGCCGUCCCUGAACAUGAUGGCUUUGACUGUCAGACUUGCCCUGAGGUUUGAACUGGUGGCGGUGAAGUUCUGGUUUUGAAAUGAUGAACCUUCACUUUCUCCUGGGUUUCACUCCUGGGGGUUCCUCAUCCCACCUCUGCCCCGGUUGCCAGGGGCAACGUCUUUGCAGUGGCAGGGCCGGGUCAGGGUCGCAGGCUCGGGGGGCACCGGUGGGGGUCUCUGCGAGGCAAGUGGGAGUGCCCGGAGAGGUGGCGAACAACCACAUAAUAGCGCUCACUGUUCCUAUUGAUCAAUAGCUACUAUUUUUAGUGUAGACGCCAGAACCACACAUUCACAUGGCUUAGUUAAGUUAUGACCUCUCAUUGAAUUCUUUCUGAAUAGGCCCACUGUUGUGUUCUGGUCUUCUGACGGGUCAGUCAGGAAAUCAGCCUUUCAUCCUGCAUGUCAUCACAGAAGCAACAGUCGGGGAAUGGGGAGGGAACUCUUUGUGACACUGAGCCACGAAACUACGGACCUACUUUUCAGACAAAUGUUCAAAUGGAAUGUGUUACUGUUUCUGUCCAAGCUACCAAGUUUGUGCAAUAAGUGGAAGGGAUGUCAUCCCUGUUCAAUAAAUGCUGAAUGACAUUCAACUUGAUUUUCUAGACCACUGAGAAAAUCUUUAUUUACAAUAAAUUUCAAUAAAAUUUGCAUAAAUAUAUUCCCAAUG